AUGGGGGUACUGCGCCUAGGGGCCCACACUAGGGAUGGGGGUACUGCACCCAGGACCUGGGGGGCCGUGCCUGAGGUGGGGGUACUGCACCCAGUGGCCUGGGGAGCCGUGCCUGAGGUGGGGGUACUGCGCCCAGGGGCCUGGGGGCUGCGCCUGGGAUGGGGCAGAGAUGCUGCCUACUGCGCCCAGGAGCCCACACUAGGGAUAGGGGUGCUGCGCCCAGGGGCCUGGGGGCCGCGCCUGGGAUGCGGGUAUCUAAAGGAGUUUAGGACAGAGCAGUGCGCCCUAUUUUUGCAGCACAAGUGCGCCCAGCACAGGCCGUUCACCUGUUUCCACUGGCAUUUCCUAAAUCAGCGCCGGCGCAGACCGCUCCGCAGGCGUGACGGCACCUUUAACUACAGCGCGGACGUGUACUGCGCCAAGUACGACGAGGCCACCGGCGUGUGCCCCGACGGCGACGAGUGCCCGUACCUGCACCGCACGACAGGGGACACGGAGCGCAAGUACCACCUCCGUUACUAUAAGACGGGGACCUGCAUCCACGAGACAGACGCCCGGGGCCACUGCGCCAAGAACGGCCUGCACUGUGCCUUUGCGCAUGGGCCGCUGGACCUGCGGCCGCCCGUGUGUGAUAUCCGGGAGCUGCAGGCCCAGGACGCCCUACAGAACGGCCAGCCCGGCGGCGGGGACAGCCUCCCGGAUCUGCAGCCCGGCGUCCUGGCCAGCCAGGCCAUGAUUGAGAAGAUCCUGGACGAGGACCCCCGUUGGCAAGACAUCAACUUUGUGCUCGGCAGCUACAAGACGGAGCAGUGCCCGAAGCCGCCACGCCUGUGCCGCCAGGGCUACGCGUGCCCACACUACCACAACAGCCGCGACAGGAGGCGGAGCCCCCGCAGGUUCCAAUACAGGUCCACACCCUGCCCCAGCGUGAAGCACGGAGACGAGUGGGGAGAGCCCUCGAGGUGCGACAGCGGCGACGGCUGCCAGUUCUGCCACUCACGCACCGAGCAGCAGUUCCACCCCGAGAUCUACAAGUCAUCAAAAUGCAACGACAUGCGCCAAACCGGCUCCUGCCCGCGGGGCCCCUUCUGCGCCUUCGCACACGUGGAAAAGAGCAUUGGAAUCUCAAACGACUGGGGCUGCCGGGACCCCAGUGCCGCCAACAGCCCUGUGGCCAGCAGCGGCCCGCCGGGAAGUGCAAAGCGGAGAGAUUCGCCCGCUGAAGGCAUCCAGAAAGCCAGCGAGCGCGGCAGCAAGCAGAACCACCUGACCGUGCUUGCCGUUGUCCGCCCCCUCGCCUCCAGCGCCAGCUCCCACACGGGCUCCGGGAGCUCCUCCCCCACGACGCUGUCUGCCCUGGAUGCCCGCGCCCUCCUGCUCGACCCCACAAGCAACACGGUUGAGUCUGUCCUCGGCUCAGCUUUAGACCUCCAUCUUAGUGACAUAAAUAUCGCGUCUCUAGAGAAGGACCUAGAAGAGCCGGAGAACGGUGAACCCGCGCUAACGAGUCAGCAGCUGCUGGGGGGCUCGGCGCCGGUCGCCAUCCCGGGCCCCCUGACCCGCUCGCCGUCCCUGCACUCGUCCUCGUCCCUGUCGACCUCCCCGCUCAGCUCGCUCUCCCAGUCCCUGUCAGGACCACUGGUCUCUUCAGCCAUGACGCCCCCCCAGCAGCCCCCACCACCCCCAAAGUCGGAGCCUGGGGGCCUGGGCCCCUCGGCCGCCUCCUACAGCUCCUUAGGCUUAAACGGCGUCCCCGGGAGCAUCUGGGACUUCGUGUCCGGUGGCUUCUCCCCCAGCCCCUCCCCCAUCCUGGCCGCCGGGCCUGCCCCCUCCUCCAGCGGGAGCCCGAGUGGUGCAGAGCUGGCGCGCGUCCGGCGGCAGCUCGACGAGGCCAAGCGCAGGAUCCGGCAGUGGGAGGAGUCCUGGCAGCAGGUGAAGCAGGCUUGUGACGCUUGGCAGCGUGAAGCCCAGGAGGCUAAGGAGCGCGCGCGGGCGGCGGACAGCGACCGGCAGCUGGCGCUGCAGCGGAAGGAGGAGGUGGAGGCGCGCUGCCGGCAGCUGCAGGAGGAGCUGGAAGGCCUGGGGCUGGCGGCGGCGCUGCCUGUGCUGCAGAGCUGCGGUGACCUGGACUCGGCGCCCCUGCCCACGCUGCACUGCCUGCAAAGCAGGCUGCGCUUGGGCCUGGAGGCUGUGGAUGGGGUCAUCGUCCAGCUGCAGGCAAAGCAGUGUGUGGCGUGCCGGGAGCGGGCCCGCGGCGCUGCCCCUCGGCCCUGCCCGCACCGCGUCCUCUGUGAGCCCUGUGCUGCCAAUGCGCCCGCCUGCCCCUACUGUAAGAGCCAGCCCGUGCAGUGGUGA